UAUUUUUUCCCCGUUUAUUUAAUUUUAGGAAACAUAAUGGGAUACAGUGUUAGUCAGAGCCUGAUUUCUGGUCAACCACCUCUACUUGUCUUCACUAUUUGUCUCACUGCCUUUGGUUUAUCUAUGGUGAUUUUGGCAUAUGUUGUUGGAGAGCAGGAAGUGCCGAAUCCAGAUGUUCAAAUGGAUUGGAAUAAAUUUUUCAAGAAGAUAUCUUAUUUAAAAUUGUGUACUCUUCAAAAUGAUACAAGACCUACAAAUGAUGGAGGCAUGCAAAAGAAAGGAGGUUUUAAAAGCAUUACAGAUUCUGCUUGGAACUCUUCCAAUUCACAUAUUGUAGAUAAAAGUAUAAGUGCUGUGUUGUCUGAUGUCGUUGAUGGAGCAACUGAGGAUGAUCUGAAUAAGUUUACAUUAGUAAAUAUUGCUGUUAAAGUUCAAUUUGGAUUACGUGGAAAAUUGCCAUCUGAUUCUGUUUAUAUGAAGGGCGGUGUGAAUGGGAAAUUAUUGGGAUUUUCAG